UAGUUGCAUACUAGAGAAGCGUCGUCACGUGCGUAGCGUAAAAAUUGAGUAAUGCCGUGCGGAAUGACGUCGAGUUUUGUUUCCAUGGAAACAGUGAAACGCUGUUGACCAAAAAAAAGAAACGCUGUUGAUCAACAUGGAAUUUAUGGGUAACAGUUACAAUGGGGAUUACCACAAUGGCAGGAUGGAGGGGAUGGGGGAGUACACAUUUUCCACUCAGACCAGAUAUGUUGGAGAGAUGAAAGACGGUAUGUUCCAUGGAAAAGGAGUGGUACACUUUCCCAAUGGAAGUAAAUAUGAAGGAACCUGGGAGAAUGGAAUAUGCAAACAGGGAAAGUUCACAUUUUCAGAUGGUCUGGAGUAUGAAGAGACGGACUGGGAUUACUGUGAUGGCAAAGAUAGACGGUUUUACUCUGAGAGGUGUAAUGGCCUGAAACCAGCAGGAGAAUCCCAGUUAACAAAUCAGGGCCCUUCGCGGGUCAUCCCAGAUGGUUGCUAUGACACCGGUGAUGGCUUUUAUGAUCCUAACACAAGAGUUGUAAAAGACUAUCAUGACAAUUUUCUCAGGAGCGCAGACGAUGAAGAGCACGAGUGGAUCGUGCGGACCUGCAGGAAGAGCUGGGAUGAGUUCAUGGGCCCCUAUCCAAGAAACAGCAUACAGGAGGAAAAGCGAGAAUACCCAAACACAAGGAAAUCCUGCAUGUGAUGCCGAUGGAAUCAGUGAUGGAGUGAUUAUAGCAAACACUGACCCGUGAAGAGUCUGCCAGCUCCUCCAUCAACUCGUGAUUGCUUCCUGCUACAGGUUUAGGGUGCACACUUAUACACACAGACCCAAUACAGGCCCAUGAGUUAUAUGUGUUAGACACAUACAGAUCUUGAACAUCUGUAAUUUAAAUAUAUAUAGUAAAUUUUUAAAUAAACAAAGAAUUAAAAAAUAUUAGGAAAAUGAUUGGUAAAAAAUAGGAUAAAUUAGGAAAAAUAUUUAAGGUUCUGCACUGCAUGUGUAGGAACGAAAUAAAAAAAAUUAUUUAAAAUAUUUGUCUAUGUCAGCUUAAGUGCACUUUGUUAAAAAGCAUAAUGUUAAUUUAUAUUUUAUAAUGUUAACAUCACAAAAUAUCUUUUGAAAAAAAAAUGAAACCUUGAGAGAAUGUAAUACAUAAUGCCAUUAUA